AUGGCUCGUAUUCAUCUUUUCGUGCUCUUCCUAUCGAGUUUGAUCUUGUUUGUGAAUGCACAGUUUGAAUACUUUCAAAUGGUUCAGCAAUGGCCACUAGCUACAUGCACAGGUUCAAUAUUUCCAAACAACUUUGAACAUUCGUACCAAUCCCAACUACGACCUAUUGGCCAUUCUGAAAACUGCUCGGCUCAGCCCCACUGGCAGCAUAUCCACCGAUAUCAUGUCAUCGAAGGUGCCAUUCAGGCUGCAAUAGGAAAGAAACCAGGCCUCCGCUGCAACAUCAAUAAGAAAACUAGAAACAGUCAAUUGCACGAAAUCGUAUUAUGCUUUGAUAAAAAUGGAGUUACUCUCAUAGAUUGUCCGUUUCCCCGCAAGUGCCCAACUCAGUUUAAGUGGCUCUUGUCUUAA